GUCGUGAGUCUGCUCCGCGCUUUAUUACCCGGCGCUAUACCCGGAGGUGGUCUCUCUUUUGCGUGUGCCCUGCGCAUUUUCAUUGCCCCCCCAAAGUAUCGCGGCCCGAAUAAACGCGCAUAUCCCCGCGUCUCCCUCCUCCGCGUCUGCCUCUCGCACCGUUACCGUUUCCCGUUCUCUCUUUCCUUCUCCUCCAUCUCUCUUCGCGCCACUUACGCGCGCGUUCUUUCACAACCGCGCGUCGUCUUGUUGUCGUGUCGCCUAGUCCGCGUUUGUCAACUUCGCGCCCGCGACGAGAUGCCGCGAGGUGGACGAGAGACGACGCGGCGGCAGCAGCAAUCGCCGCCGUCAUCACCACUACCCCCAUCAUCAUCAUCAUCACCACCGUUGCUAUCGUUGUUGUCGUCCUCAUCGUCGUCGUCGUCGUCGUUGCCGCUGCCUUUCUCGCCUCCGUUUGUCGUGGUCGCCUCUACCUGCUACCAUGAUCAGUUAUGUUCGCGGUGAUUUCACGUGCCGACGACGCACUCCUUUAUGCUGCGUGGCUGUUCGCGCGCUAACCCAGCCAUCAGGAGAAGGGUGCGUGCGAGCCGCGCGGCGGAAGUCUUCCGUGUGGAAGGCGGCCCGUCGCCCGGUCGCGUGCAAGCCGCAGCUCGUCAAUCGUACGAAAAUGCUAAGGUGAUGUAGAAGAAGUUGAAACUGCCAAAUAUCGACGACAUCUACUACAUUUCUUCACGGUGCGGCUGCAAAUAAACAAGAUACCAAAACGGCUGACAAAAAGGUAAAGAUGGUAACCAUGCAAGACGCGGAGACCAGCACGUUACGCAGGCUCUCGGACGACGACGAUGACGAGCCGAGUAGCGGUUCCGAGGCCUACGAGGAUGGGGAUCUCCUUUCAGCAGCAAUGGAUGACGAUGUCACAGCUCAACUCGCUGCAGCAGGUUGGCAAAUCAAACACAUUAAUGGGCCCGUGGGAGUUGCUGCGGCUGCUGCCAUUGUAUCAGCUAAGAAGAGGAAACGACCUCACAGUUUCGAAACCAAUCCCAGUAUCAGAAAGAGACAACAAAACAGACUUUUAAGAAAACUUAGACAAACUAUUGACGAAUUUGCUACACGAGUGGGACAGCAGGCGGUAGUUUUAGUGGCUACACCAGGCAAACCAAAUAGUAGUUACAAGGUCUUUGGAGCAAAGCCGUUGGAGGAUGUAGUUAAAAAUCUAAGGACCGUCAUCAUGGAGGAGCUGGAGAAUGCACUUGCGCAACAAGCGCCGCCGCCCGUGCAGGACGAUCCGUCAUUAUUCGAAUUACCGCCGCUUAUAAUUGACGGUAUACCGACCCCGGUGGAGAAGAUGACACAGGCGCAACUCAGGGCGUUCAUCCCCUUGAUGUUGAAGUAUUCCACAGGCAGGGGCAAACCCGGCUGGGGAAGAGAUAGCACUCGACCUCCUUGGUGGCCGAAAGAGUUACCCUGGGCCAAUGUCCGAAUGGAUGCGCGAUCGGAGGACGAGAAACAAAAAUGCAAUCCAUUACAGAUCUCCUGGACUCACGCGUUACGGCAAAUUGUAAUAAAUUGCUACAAAUAUCACGGAAGAGAGGAUCUUCUGCCGGCGUUUAGCGAAGACGACGACAAGACGUCUAGUGCUGCAAUACAAGCGACGCCUCAUUCCUCGUCGCAUCCGUCAUCGAGUCAGACGCAGAAUGGAGGAGGGCAGCAGACGCAACAGCAACAGACGGUGGGAGUCGUUCGCCUCAACAGCACGGAUUCAUCUAAGGGAAACUCUUCGCCAGCACAAAUCAUUGCCGCGUCUCCCACAGCUCUUGCCACUGCCACUCAGAUGACAGCCCAGUAUCCGACAACUGUAUUGCAGACAAUAACCAAUCCAGAUGGAACAGUUUCUAUCAUACAGGUGGAUCCUAAUACACCGAUCAUUACGUUACCAGAUGGCACAACAGCCCAAGUGCAAGGAGUCGCUACUAUCCAUAGUCAAGGAGAUGUGCAAACACUAGCGGAAGUAGCUGGUAGCACAGACGGCACUAGCGUGGCCGUCGAUUUGAACACCGUCACCGAAGCGACGUUAGGUCAAGACGGCCAGAUCAUCCUUACCGGGGAAGACGGACACGGAUACCCCGUCUCAGUCUCAGGAGUGAUCACAGUGCCGGUGUCCGCCAGUAUGUAUCAAACUAUGGUGGCCAAUAUACAGAGCGACGGUACGAUGCAAGUGGUGACGCCGAUGGUUCAGGUGCCCAAGGUCGAGGCAGGAAACGGAGACACCACCAUCGAGGCUGUCACUAUACAGGGUCACCCGAUGACGAUGAUAAAUGCCGCUGGGGAACAUCAGGUUCUUCAAGUGAUAUCGUUAAAGGACGCCAACGUUCUGACAAAGGCCAUGCAGGCCGACAUUGUCAAGGACGAGGACAGUCAACAACAACAAACUGUAUCUAGCCCAGAAUAAACACGUUAAGUGUAAUCUAGUUAAUCCAAGAAAAAAAAAUCGCCCCGCACGUCACCUGCUGUCACAUGCUUGCUGUCAGUGCAUCGCGGUGACGUACGGAAGGGAUAAAUGUGUGAAAGAUCUAGUAACGAUUGGUGUUGUGUUUCCUUUUUCUCUUUGAGUCACUGUACUGUGUAGCGUGUCUUUUGCCGACUACGUCGUCGUUGAAACGGCGGUUAUAUCUGAAAGUGAGAACGGAUGAAUGAUGGAAACAUGAUUGAAUUUAGAAUUUAGUCGUAUUUGUACUCAAGAUACAUCAUAGACGCUUGAGGGUAUUCACUUGCAAUCCAAUUUCUCGGAUGUAGUAUUAAUUUUCAAAGAGGUCUAUCGUCGUGUCGGGUGAACGCGCGUCUGUGUUUACGGAGAUAAUUUAUGAUAAUUACCUAUCGCGCGCACCGUUUACCGGAAGGUCGAAAAAUCAUCGAUAUCUGCAUUUCCCGGUAUUGCGCGGCGUGUUAAGCACAUAUUUUCUAGUCUUAGAGCCAGGUUGAUGCAUGGGAAUUCACACACCAAAGACUUAUUUUUUAUUAAUUUGUUAACCUUUUCUACGGAAAGAAUUUAUACGAAAAUGUUUAUGCUUAAUUUCAUUAAUUAUUCUUAAAUUAAUCACGAAGCUCGAUUAUUUCCACGAUAGCAACAAAAAAUAAUUCAUUCAGUUUUGUUUAACGGCACAAGAUAAUUUUUUUCAAAUUUUAAUGGAGACACAAAGCUUUCCCGCGGGUGUCUAAAAGUUUAAACGAGAGAAACUACAAUUCUGUUGUAUUCCCAAAGAAAUUGGUCGUCUGUAAAGGAAUUUAUUUUUAAGGGGAAAAAAUAGAGUUCAGAGCCGAGUAAAUCGCAUGGUCAAUCUAUUCGAACGUUUGAGCUCGAAGUUCGAUCUGUUCGAAUUGUACGAGUAAAAAGAUUAUCAAGAUAACUUUCUUAUCACAAAGUUGUGUAACAAUAUAUAUAAUAAUACAGACGAUUUUUCUCAUUUAUCUUGACCACUUGGAAAUUUUUCUAAGUAGUCAAGAUAUGCAAAAAAAAAACAGGCUAGUACAUAUAAUAUAUAAAGGAUCGCGAUAGUAGAAAUAAUGACAAAAAGAAGAGUUAAGCAUUUCUGACGGGUACAAAUAGGAUAUAAGAUGUAUGUUUUUUCAAUAAUAUAGAAUAUAUGAAUUUUCAAUUUUAAUGCGCACCAACGAGAGGCGUGUGUCCAUAGUAUUAUUUUAUUCAGAAUUAUAUUGCACUACUUAUGUAUUUGCUUCGAUUAGCGUAAUCAUUAACGAACCGUCGUUUGAUUUUCAUCAACGAGGAAAAAAAAGAGAACUAGUAUAUAUAUAUAUAUAUAUUACAUUUGUAUGAAAGAUUACUUUAACGUUCUUGAUCUCGACGAUUAUAAAAUCACAACGUAUGUACUGAUUUUCUAAAGACGAGGGUAUUCGAUUGUAAAAACCAGAAUUCAUAUGUAUGUACUGUCCUUCAUUCCACUUGAAGGUAAUCAAAAGUAAUCGAUUCUAUUUUACAUUAAAUAAUCGAACUGUGUCAUGGUAUUUAAAAUCAUCGCCGCCCCCCCCCCUCCCCCAUUUUUAUAUAAUGUAUCUAAAGCGACGAAAAGUGUAUUUUUUGCGUGCAAUUUGUUUCAAUGUUACGAUGGCGAAAAGUAAGAUCAUUUUUACCUGAAGUAACUUUACUUUUCCAAUUGUGUGCAAUUCUAUUCUUUCAGCUUUUCUUUGUGUGUAAUCUACAUAUCUGUGUUAUAUAUAAAGCGAUUUAAUAGAAUAUUUUUCAGUUGUAACUGUUUAGCAUUAUCCAGUUGUAAAUUGGAUAAUGCAUAGCACGUUACACGCAUCGCAAAGCGCGACACUUGUCUCCGAGGAUCGUAACAUUGAAAGAACAAAUUGCCGUUGAAACCGUGUGUAAUAAUACUAAAGAGAUUUUUAUAACAUUAUAGGGGAAAAGUAGUUGAAAAAUUAGUGGUAAAUACUAUUAUAAAAACGUAUCAUAAUGACUAGAUACUAAUUGUUGCGUUUUUUUUUUAAAUAUCAGGGCCACUACAUUAAUGAUGUAAUAUAUCGGUACUCACUUGUAAGAUAAACAUGUUAUAUUUUCCCUCCGUUGUUUGUAACAAAGCACAUACCGAGCAUAAAUUAAGUUGGAUGUCAUUUGAAAAAGCAAGAAAAAAAAAUGUGUAUUACGACUUUAGAUAAUUAUAGACAUAUGUGUAUAUGACUUUGCUGAUGUGUAUCCCAGUCUCCAUGUCAUACAAUCUGUAAAUACGUCAUCGCGUGCAGUCUUUAAUUUUACCUCUACAUACUUCUCUAUUCCAAUUGUACGAGAUUAAAAGCGAUUAAUUAAUAUGGUUGUGCCAUAA